CCAGACGGAGCGGGCCCGGCGCUGGGUUAAUGCAAUCGGCGCGUUACCUGGGGCGCAGGCUACAUUACCAGCCCGGCCCCCGACCGGCGCGGCCAGAACCAGCCAGCCCGCACCCCGCCGGCCGCCCCACGCCUCCAGCGCUCUUUGGGCCGCGCCCGAGCGCCACGCGGCGGAGCCCAGCUCCAGCCGGCGCCCCCACAGCUUGGCAAGGCGAGGCGGGUCCCCGGCGGGCAGGGCGCACGGCACCAGAGAUCCCACCACUGCCGGACAUAGCCUCGGCGUGCUCCCAGUACCGCUGACAUCCCUCCCGCCAGCCGCACCCAUGCUUCUGGCGCGGAUGAACCCGCAGGUGCAGCCGGAGAACAGCGGGACGGACCAGGAGUCCGAGCAGCCCCUGCAGGCGCGCAAAACUGCGGAGCUGUUGGUGGUGAAAGAGCGCAACGGCGUCCAGUGCCUCCUGGCGUCCGGCGACAGCGAACAGCCACCCCGGGAGACCUGGGGCAAGAAGAUAGACUUCUUGCUGUCGGUGGUGGGCUUCGCGGUGGACCUGGCCAACGUGUGGCGCUUCCCCUACCUCUGCUACAAGAAUGGCGGUGGUGCCUUCCUGAUCCCGUACACACUGUUCCUCAUUAUCGCUGGGAUGCCUCUCUUUUACAUGGAGCUGGCUCUGGGCCAGUACAACCGGGAAGGGGCGGCCACAGUUUGGAAGAUCUGCCCACUCUUCAAAGGAGUUGGCUACGCUGUCAUCCUCAUCGCUCUGUACGUCGGCUUCUACUACAACGUCAUCAUCGCCUGGUCACUCUACUACCUCUUCUCCUCUUUCACCUUCAACCUGCCCUGGACCGACUGUGGCCAUGCCUGGAACAGCCCCAACUGCACUGACCCCAAGCUCCUCAACGCCUCCGUGCUGGGCAACCACACCAAGUACUCCAAGUACAAGUUCACGCCGGCAGCAGAGUUUUAUGAGCGUGGCGUCCUGCAUCUUCAUGAGAGCAGUGGCAUCCACGACAUCGGCCUGCCCCAGUGGCAGCUCUUGGUCUGUCUGAUAAUCGUCGUCAUCGUCCUGUUUUUCAGCCUCUGGAAAGGCGUGAAGACAUCAGGAAAGGUCGUGUGGAUCACAGCCACGCUGCCUUACUUCGUGCUGUUCGUGCUCCUGGUCCACGGCAUCACACUGCCUGGCGCGUCCAACGGCAUCAACGCCUACCUGCACAUUGACUUCUACCGCCUGAAAGAGGCCACGGUAUGGAUUGACGCUGCAACUCAGAUAUUUUUCUCCUUGGGGGCUGGAUUUGGAGUCUUGAUCGCAUUUGCCAGUUACAACAAGUUUCACAACAACUGCUACAGGGACGCCCUGCUGGCCAGCACCAUCAACUGCGUCACCAGCUUUGUCUCCGGGUUUGCUAUCUUCUCCAUCCUUGGUUACAUGGCCCAUGAACACAAGGUCAACAUUGAGGACGUGGCCACUGAAGGCGCCGGCCUCGUCUUCAUCCUGUACCCGGAAGCCAUUUCCACCCUGUCGGGAUCCACGUUCUGGGCUGUCGUGUUCUUCAUCAUGCUUCUGGCUCUGGGAAUCGACAGCUCAAUGGGAGGCAUGGAGGCGGUCAUCACGGGCCUGGCCGAUGACUUCCAGGUCCUGAAGCGCCACCGGAAACUCUUCACAUUUGGCGUCUCCUUUGGAACCUUCCUUCUGGCCCUGUUUUGUAUCACCAAGGGUGGAAUUUACGUCCUGACCCUGCUGGACACGUUUGCAGCGGGGACCUCCAUUCUAUUUGCUGUGCUCAUGGAAGCCAUCGGUGUCUCCUGGUUUUACGGUGUGGACAGGUUCAGCAACGACAUCCAGCAGAUGAUGGGGUUCAAGCCGGGCCUGUACUGGAGACUGUGCUGGAAGUUUGUCAGCCCAGCCUUCCUCCUGUUUGUGGUGGUGGUAAGCAUCAUCAACUUCAAGCCGCUCACCUACGACGACUACGUCUUCCCGCUCUGGGCCAACUGGGUGGGGUGGGGCAUCGCGCUCUCCUCCAUGAGCCUGGUACCUGCCUACAUCAUCUACAAGUUCCUCAGCACGCGGGGCUCCGUGUGGGAGAGACUGGCCUAUGGCAUCACACCCGAGAACGAGCAUCAUCUGGUGGCCCAGAGGGACGUCAGGCAGUUCCAGUUGCAACACUGGCUGGCCAUCUGAACCUGGCCCCGACGGGGAGCCCCACCGCGCCACUGGCCAGGCACAGCAUCUGCUUCACCGCCGCCGGACGCUGUCUCGGGAUUCCUCUCCUGGCAGAUGCUCUUCUCCACCCUCUUCCUCUCGUCCCAGUUACAAAUGAUUUCAGGAUCUGAUUUUCCUUUACCUUCUGUUCAUCGGGCCUGGGAGCUGUGAGCUUGGACUGGGAAGCCCCGAGGGAAAAGAGGCGAGGAGGGAACAGGAAAAUUGACUUCUGUUGAACCUCUUUUGUUUUGGGGAUGUUUCACCUACGUUGAGAACUGGCCCAAGCUGAGUCCAUGGCUCGGGCAGAAUUCCCCACCAUGUCUGUCUUUUGGGCCACAGAAGGAAUCCUCAGUCCACCCCGCUGGAGGGAGGGUGCUGCUCUUGGUCAGACACCUGAAACCAAAUGCUAAGAAAAAGUCCAGCUGAGUUUUUGUUUGUUUGUUUUCGUGGGGGGUACAUGGAUCUUGCCCCUCCUGCCCUCUCUCCCCAGUUGCCCUCUGGUGUCUGAACCGUGGUCGGGGAGGUUGGCUUCACCUGUCCCUGUCGUGAAGUCCGUGGAGCAAUGUUUUGGGGGGUCACGAGCAGAAACCGUCUUAGUUAUUUUUCACUUUCACUAACCUGAGUCUGAUUUGUGUGUUCUGGAACAUUCUUUCGGCUUCUGGUGGUCAGAUGGUCCAGAGCCAUGGGUGUCCCGGGGACAAAUGUAGAGGAGCCCCAGUGAGCAGGUUUCACAGAAGUGCCAGACAAGCUCACAGAGGCCACAUGUCAUGUGGCUGUCGCUCUGUCAGGCUCGUGGAGCCCAGAAACCUCUCUCUGGACUUCCAGGGAACCCAGCGAGGUCAGAUGUGUUUCUGCUGUCCUCAUGAGACCAGCUGGGUCCCCAAGGGCAGCCUGACAGCCUGUCUAUUGAUGUAUUGUUCAUGGAUACCCGCAAAGUCUUUCCCUGGGAAUCCCACCCAGCACGAACCAGGGGUUCUGAGUGCUGGAGAGUCGGCCCUGAAAGCUCCCUUUGUCUUUCAUCAUGGACUAGACUCAGCACCUUCCAGGGCAGGGUGGAACCAAGCAACCUGGUCACUGAGGUUGAGGGGACAAUAUUCUGAGCUGAUAGAACAGGUUAGUGGUGGUUGCAGAGAAUUUCUCACUUGACUUCUGAUACAGACUCCCAAGUGGUGCCCUCUGGUGGUGGUGGUGGUUAGUUUCAGCUUCUUCGGAGAGUUGGUGGCAUCUAUGUAGGGUUUCUGUUUAUGGUGUGAGUCUCUUAUGACCUCGUUGUAAACCUAGACUUUGUAGGUUCUUAUUGGAAUGUGGGAGCCCCUGUUGCAGAAUCCUGGGGGGAAAAAGAGGCCUCUUCACUUCCAUUGGGAGUGUAGGGAGACAUACAACCAGAAGGUGCUUUGCAUAAAACUAGGGUGUCACUGAGCCUGAUUGAUCCAUCAAUUGAUCAUGCCAUCUGUGGAAGAAGGUUAUGUGAGGGCCAGCUCGGGGCAGGAAGAUGAUUUUCUGCUGAGUCAGGGCCCUUGGGUCAUUCUUUGGAGAAAAGAGGGAAAUCAGGAGACUUUUUUGAUCUUUCCAUAUAAAAAGACCAGCUCAAAGUCUGAGGCAACCCGAGUCAGGUGGGGCCUGGGGGCAUCCCAGGGAGUGGAACAGUGAGGUGGGGUCUGGGAGAUGAGAACAGGGUGACCUGUCACUGAUGGAAUCUGGCCCUGUAAGUGACUUCAAAUCCUCCCAGGAAGGGUAA